CGCCCUCGCGCGCUACACACGAGCACGAGCGGCGGCGUAGCUUCGUCAGGUCUGGAGUUUUCAAGGAGUGAGAAACACAGGAGGUAGGAAUAACGAUGCCGGGGAAGAAAUGACAAGUUUGAAAGUUUUAAACCGGGAACACCGGGAACAAUUCGAGCGGAACUCUGGAAUAAAGCACCUUUACUGAAGGUGUCUGUCGUCUGUUUGGUCUGAAACGAUGCCCGGAGAAACUCAGGACUGAUCCGAAUUUUACUUCCUUUUAGAUCCCAAGUGUGAAAUAUGAUCAAAGGCGAGAGGACACUGAGGAGCGCGUCUCCUCACAGAAAUGCGUACAAGGCGGACUUCCACGCCAUCAAGUGCUCCUUUGAUGGAACCAAGUCCGACACCGGGUCCAAGUCCUCUGCUAAUGGCUCCUCUGGUGAGCUCCGUGAGGACAUAGCGAGAGGACGGAACUUUGGCAACCGUGUCCAUAAGAUCAAGAACAUCUUUCUACAGAUGGAUAGCCAGCAGCAAGAGAGUCAAGAUGGAAAAGCCAUCGUGAAUGCUCCUCAGAUCUCCCCGCCACCAAAAUUCCCAGUCAGUGGCACCUCCAAAACAGGCCCGAACGUAUUGGACCUUCAGAGCGACAGGACCCCAAAAGGAGAGGAAGCCGAGAUCGAUAAAGCGGCCUUGGCGGAAAAGUUUUCUGUGACUAGAAAACUAUUUGAGAGGGGUAUGAAAGAUCAGACUACAGUAGAGAAGCAGGCCCCAGGCCGGGCCUCUGGACGCCUUUCCCAGGGUAGUGUGUGUGAAGAAAGGACAGCUAGCAAGAAACCUGUAGCAUCAUCUGAAAAUGGCGGCAACAACAGCAUUGUUAAAACAGAUCAAAGCCCUGCCUCGCCGGAGAGCAAGGAUGCUGAGAACUCGAAGCAGAUCAAUCGAUUAUUAAAUGCAGGACCUAUAUCGAGAAGACUGGAGAAUUUCAUGGCAGAUAGCGAUAAUGAAGAAUCAGCAAGAACAUCAGCUAAAACACCAGAGAAGGUGAACAGCCCUACAGAAAGAUCAGGACCUGUGUCCCCAGUAAAAAACACCACUCACAAACCAACUUCACCUUUAAAUGACCACUUUCAGUAUCCAACCUCCCCCAGUAAUCAUCCCAAACCAGUUUUCUCUCCGACCUCACCAACCAUUGACCUGGCAACAAAAUCAAUCUCGUCAGUCGCUCAGGAACCAUCUAAGCCCACCUCUCCUACCACAAAAGGCAGUGAUGAAACCUGCGUCCCCGCUUCCAGACAUCCGUCCUCAUCAGCUGAGGGUUUUAAAAAAUCUUGCACAGACACUGAGGAAACCAAACCCAUAAGUGAUUCUCCUAGGGAUCAGAGGUCAUCAGAUUUUAUCAGCAGUUUUUACAACAGAGUCAAGGGUCCAGAGGCUGCUAAGCGCGAGUCCAUUCGGAGUUCAUCCGGAGACACGGUACCUCCUCACUCCCAGCAGAGCUUGGAUCCUACUCGGGCAAGAGUGGUCCGUGCAGAGCUAGUCAGGGUCCAGAACGAAUCAUCUGAAAGCGAGGAGAAUGAGGAUGACUGUGUAUUUGAAGAGCUGAAGCUCAAAAGGGAGCUCAGUCCUGAUAUCCUGAAAGGAGGUCUGACCAAAGAAGCUUCAAUUCCUUCAUCUCAAGAUGACCUUCAUAAGGUUACAGCGGUCAAGAAGCAGGAAACGGAAGAUUCUCUGUUACAGGAAGGACAGUUGGAGGGACAGAGAGCGAAGCUGGCAAAGCAGGAGAGUGACAAUCAGUCUGAUGAUGAAGAAGAAAUGGAGGAAGACAGUGAGCAAGAUGACGAGGAUGAAUGUGGAAAGACAUCACCAGUGUUUUAUAGCUUUGAAAAUGCAGCGUUUGUAGAUGAUAAGGAGACAGGACCUGUUCAAAUGGAAGAAGAUGAGGAGGAGGAGGAGGCAGAAGAUGAUCAGGACUAUGAGGAGUAUGAUGAAAUUAUUGGUCUCUCAGAGGAGGAAGAAUGUUCACCCAGAAGGAAGGUUUGCUUCUCCAGUGCACCAAUACGGGUCUUUACGACAUACUCGAAUGAAGACUACGACCGACGCAAUGACGAGGUGGAUCCUGUGGCAGCUUCUGCUGAGUACGAGCUGGAGAAGCGUGUGGAGAAGAUGGACGUUUUUCCAGUGGAGAUGGAGAAAGGUGAUAAUGGGUUAGGCAUCAGCAUCAUAGGCAUGGGGGUGGGAGCCGAUCAGGGUCUGGAAAAACUCGGCAUCUUUGUGAAGACCAUCACAGAAGGAGGAGCAGCUGAGAGCGAUGGCAGGAUCCAGGUGAACGAUCAGAUCGUAGAAGUUGAUGGCAUCAGUCUGGUGGGAGUGACACAGCUCUUUGCAGCUACAGUCCUCAAGAACACAAAGGGAACUGUUCGUUUUCUGAUUGGUCGGGAGAAACCAGGGACCCAGAGUGAGGUGGCCCGGCUGAUCAGUGAGACGCUGGAGCAGGAGAGACACCAGCAGCAGCAGAGACUGGAGGAUCCAUAUGAACAGUCCACAGAGGAGGAUGAACACUACGAGGAGGACGAAGGAGAGGAAGAUGGGAUUGUAAGCUCUAGCUUUGGCAAGAGGUCUGGGGAGCUGUAUGAUUUGCCAGAGAAUGAAAGGAUGUUCCUGCCCUCAAGUAUGGAUGCUGCUCAGCUUAGCUUCAAAUUUAAAGAGCUUCAGAUAAAACACAGCAUAGCUGAGGCCGAAGUCAAUCAGCUCAAAGAAAAGCUGAAGGCGUCUGGGAAUGACCAAAAAGCAUGGGAGGAACGGCAGGAGCACCUAGAAAAGUGUGCCGAGGAGAACUCAGAAAGAAUCAACUACUUGGAGAAGAACUGGCUUGAGGCUCAGUCCCUCUGUAAAGCUCUUAAUGAGCAGCUCACUGACUCUCAGAACCAGUUUGAAUCUUUGGACAAGAAAUACAGCAAAGCCAAGAAACUGCUCAAGGAGUACCAGCAAAAAGAAUCUGACUUUUUGAAGAAGGAGGAGGAACUAAAGAAUAUUCUGGAGGAGACAGAAAGCCGUUACAAAGCCCAGCUAGACCAGCUACAGAAGAGGGUUGAAGCUCUGGAGUCCUGUAACAAUCUUCAGGACUCUACAGCAGAAAACUGCAGUGAAGGGUCUAUGGACUUAGACAAUAGACUUGCAGACUCACUUCUAGAUACUGACCUGAGUGAAUCCGUGCCUGAGACUAAGCUUUUGGACACUAGUGUCCACCGGGCCAAAGGCCUGCUAGCUCAAAAGUCCAAACGGCAGCCACCAUCUCGCAGUAAACUCAAAGAGAUUAGCAGCUCGUCGGCAUGUCUUACUCAGGCUGAAGAGAAGGAGUUUCAGGAUCCCAAACAUCAUAGGAGGUCACUACAGGAUAGUCUGUCUCUGCCAGUGCUCUCUCAGCCAUCUAAUGGCCAGAAGGAGGAACCUUGCACUGCCCGAACUGUGGGCACGUCCAGAAGCACCACAGAGCUCUCCGUCCCACCGUCUUCCCCUGGAACCAGUCCAGAGAGCCCCUGCACUUCUCCAACUAAAGACUCUUCCCCAACUAAAGACUCUUCCCCCUCUGGCUUUCUCCGAAAUGUCAAAAAGAGAGAGUCCAAAGGAAAAGGCAAAGAGGUUAAAGAAGACCCUGGUGAUGGAGCAGGAAAAUCUAAAAGGCGAUUCCCUGAUUUCGGUGGUCUCAGGAAGUCUGGUGGGAAAGGCAAGAAACAUGAUAAAGAAGCAAUGCGAGCAUCAUUGGACAGCAGAGGCUCAGCAGAGCUGCUAGAAGAGUCAGGGCCAAAUAUCUCGCCUUCAGAGUCUUUGGCGUCCAUCCCAACCUGCAUGCCUUUCUCUUGGUUUGGGGAUAAGGACAAGGAGAGAGACCGUGAGCCUUCAUCAUCUACAAGCAGUCUCCCUCAAACUUCAGCAGAGCCCAGUGAACAGCAGGACCGCAAGAACAAGAGCACGUCAGUGCUAGAUGAUUCAAAACCAGGCAGUCCGAUUUCAGAGUUAUCAGGGCUAGUGACAGAGCCCAACCUGUCAGGCCGAGCUCACACUUUAACCUUCUCUUCCAGUGAGUUGCUGGAUAAUGAGCCUUGCUCAAUGGGGAAAGACUACCAGUGGCAGAAUCGACCAGUCUCUGAGUGGACAACUCAACAAGUGUGCCAUUGGCUGAUGGGUAUGAACAUGGACCAGUAUACUCCUGAGUUUACUGUACAGGCUGUUGAUGGACUGCAGCUGAUGAAUCUGGACAGUGAGAGACUAAAACUACUUGGAGUCUCUAGCCAAAAUGACCGUGCCAUGAUUAAGAAGAAGCUAAAGGACAUGAAAAAAGCCCAGGAGAAACUGGAAAAACAGCGUGAGAAACGUGACAAAGAGGCUCGACGAAGCGGGAGACUGCCAGGCAACAAUGACUCUAUCUGUUGAGGCCACCCUAAUCUCAUUCUCACUCUCUCUUCCUGUUUAUUUCUACUUUUCUGAAGCACUGACACACCCUGUUUUGUCGGGCAGGCAGCUGACGGCUUUUUGCUGUUUUAAUUCUAACGUUACAUGCAGGUGAGACAUGUCACUGCAGUCAAUACGGCAAUGUAAAAUCAAUCCAUCAUUAAUUACUAGGAACUAAUGUGCAGAGCAGGUAUAUAUUAUGUCUGUGUCUCUUGUAGGAUCCUAAUGCAUAAGUAGUACUGUUCAUACUAGAAAACAGCAGAUUCUUCGCCUGAUGCCUUAAACCUAAAAUGCUCAAUGUCUAACUCUUGCCAAAUGUUAGACCAUUAACAACACGCGUCUCUUAAGACAAAUCUAAGUCCUAUCAAGGGCCAUCUACAUGAUUCUGUGAAUUAUCUGCGCUACGGAAUUGUGCUACGGACCAAACUGUUUUUACUGUACUUUAUGUGCACAACAAAAGAAUGUUGACUUUUUUUUUUUUAUAUAUAUUUUCACAUACAAAUGCCACUAAUUUUGGAACAAACAAUGUUUUUAAAACCUCUUUCUAUCUCUUUUAACUAGUCUCCUAUUCCCCUCUUUGCUGGAACUUUGUACAGGCCUUUAAGUGAAAGCACUAUAUUUGUCUUUUUUAAGAGGCAGAUGGUGACAUGGUUUUUAAAUGUACAAAUGAAAAAUUUUAUACACAUUUAUUAACUUCAGAAGAAAAAAACCUUAUUGAUUAAACUUUUGGACAUGUUUUCUACUGAGUAGAAUAGCUCAAUAGUGUAAGACCAUUUUGCGAUUUAUAAACAGCAAAAAGUGAAAUUAUUUAGGUGUUGCAGUUUGUUUGACUGUGUUGGUUACGGUAAUACUCUUUCUAUAUUCAUUGACCAUCUACUCAAGAUCUUAAAGAUAAUCAGUUUUAAUAUCAAAACAUGGUUUGGGGUGAUUUUAAAAGACUUCAAAUUGAACAAAAAAUGGGGAAUGCCUAAGGUUUUUCAUUUUAUUUGCAUCUCCUGUCUUAAUCCUUAUUUCAUUUAUGUUGUGGACAAUUGGCCAAACCCCUGUAACCCUGAAUAAAUAGAUUUCAUUGUUUCAAUACAGGACUUUGUCAGACCAAGAGGAAAGCCUAAUAUCCAGUUAUUUCUCUGGUACGAGUGUACAAGCUGCACCAAUAAAUUUAUUUUCACAUGG